AUGAGCGUGUCCCAAGCGCCAGCCGCCGCGCCUGGCCUGGCUCCCGCGCUGGGGCCGGCGGCUGCUGCCUCGGACGCGGACGCCCAGACGGUGGAGAUCCUCGAGCAGGCGAACCUGAACGCCACGGACGGCAAUUCCGCAUCUCCGCCGGUGGGCCUCGCGUCGUCGGCGGUUGGCGGGGACCCCCUGGGCGGGGCCCCGGCACAGGCCCCCGCAUCAUCUUUGGCGUCGGCCACCGCGGCGGGGCCAUCUGCCGCUCUGGCGCCGUCUGCGGCUCAGGGGCCGGCCGCGGCGCUGGGGCCAGCCGCUGUGGACGCCGAUGCCGACACGGUGGCGAUGCUGGAAGAGGGGGACAACGUGACGACCGGGGCGGCGGGCGUGGCGCCGGACGUCAACGCCACCGAUCGGGGCCUCAACGCCACGGCGCCGACGACCGCGCCGAGCCUGUCGACGGCGUCAACAUCGGCAUCAGCGCCUGGAACCGCUCCGGGAUCAUCGCUCGCUCUGGCGCCCGGGGCGGCCGCGUCCGGACCGGCCGCUGCGGGACCGGCGGCGGCGGAGGACGCGGAUGCGGCCACGGUGGACAUGCUCAACGAAGGGGUGGACGCUCCUGGCCCGGCGCCUGCCGAUGCGCCGGCGGCGUCGACGGUGGAAGGGGCACCGCUCGAGGCAGGCACCAACGGCACGGCGAACACGACGGCGGGGAACGCGGCCAAUGUGGGUAAUGCGGACGCCGCGCUGGCCCCGGCUGCAUCCGCGGUCGAAACGCCCGCUCCGGAACCGGCUGUAACGCCCGCUCCGGAGCCGGCUGUGACGCCCGCUCCCGAACCGGCUGUGACGCCCGCUCCGGCGCCGGGGACAGAACCUGUGGCUGCACCGGCCCCGGCUGCCGGUGUCAACCCGGACACCUUGACGACGCCGGCAAACUCGAGUGCACUGACGGCGCCCCAGACAGCGUCCGCCCCAGUGUCCGGCUCCGCCCUGGCCCCCGCCGUGGCGCCAGUCGCGGGCCCCGCGGAGGAGGACGCCGACGCGGCCGCCCUCGACGCCAUGAUGGACGACCUGGCUGCGGGGCCUUCGGCGGACGACCAGGAGAUCAGGAUCACGCCCAGGGACCCCAGCCAACUCGGGGGCGCCGACGGGAAGGGCCUGAACGUGACCGACCCCGAACUGGAUGGGAGUCCUGCGGCAAGCGCCGCUGCGAAAACGACGGGCAUGGUGUGGGUCAUGGUUGCAUCAGCUGUGGGAACAAUCUUUCUCCUGGGGUAG